CAAACCCAUGUAAUUUUAUUAUUUUUUGAAGCUAUUUAUUGAAGAAAUAUUUACUAAGGGCCUGCUUGCUAUGUGCCAAACAGUAUUCUAGGAUACAGCACUGAGUGAAAACAUUCAAACCCCGCCUUCAUGUGGCUUUCAUUUUAAUGGGACAAAUAUGUGAUAAAUGAUUUUUAGAUGAACUAUUAUUUGUUGUAAGUAUACUAUUAUUGUAUAUAAUUGUAUAUAAAUUAUGUAAUACAAUUUUAAUAGAGUGCUUCAUUUAUCCAGUGAUAUAUGCUAUUUACUUUUGGCAUUUGUCUUAUUCGUGUUCUCUGAACUUUCUGGAUCUAUGGUUUGAUGUCUGACAUUAAUUUGGAGGCAUUCUCAGUUAUUGCUUCAAAUAUUUCUUCUUUUUCGUAUUCAGCAUCUGGUAUUCUUGAUUUUGGCUCAGGUCAUGAUCUCAUGAUCUCAUGAUCUCAUGGUCUCAGGGCUGUGAGACUGAGCCCCAUAUCAGAUUCUGCACUCAGCCAGGAAUCUGCUUGGGAUUCUCUCCCUCUUCCUCUCCCCUGACUCAUGCUCUCUCUCUCUCUCUAAAAUAAAUACAUAAAUCUAUAUAAAAAAAAAAAGAAAGCCGCUUCUGGUCUUUUGGCUUUAAAUACUGUUUAUAACCAGUGACUCCCAAAAAUGGUAUCUCUAUGAAUUCUUGCUUGAACUCUAGACUUGAUAAUCUAACUGCUUCCACUUGGAUGGCUAAUAGGUACUUCAAAGUCAACAUAUCCCAAAGAGAACUUUUUAUUUUUCUCCCUCAACCUUCUGUCUCCUCAAUUCUGCUCCAUUUCAGAAAAUGGCGUCACUGACAACUCAGUUGCUCAAUCCCCAAAUCUAAGAGUCAUAAUUAAUUGCUUCCUUUACCUUUGGUCCCAUAAAAUCUUGGCUAUUAAAAGUUUUGUCAGUUCUACCUUGAAACGUAUCUUAGAUUCAUCCAUUUUAAUUUCUAGUACUACCUCACUAAUCCCAAGCCACUGGUACUAUCUCUUGUUUAGAUUACUUCAGGUAGCUUUUUAAUUGGUCUCCGUGCUUCUCUUCUUGGAAGCCAUUUCCAUUCUUUCUCCUAUACAAACUUUUUCUUUGUAGAACAGCUAGAGGAAUCUUUUAAAAAUAAAAAUGUGUUAGAUCAUGUUACUAUCUUAUCCAAAUACCUUUAGUGGUUUUCCUUUGACUUACAUAAAAUGUCUUGGCAAACCAUUUGCCUCUCUGAUCUUAUUUCCUCUUACUUUGUCUCUCUGGCUCAUUAUGUUCUAGAUAUAUUUGUUAUUUUUGUUCCACAAACACACCAAAAUUAUUCCUGUUUAAAAACAUUUUAUUAGUUGGCUUUUUUUCUUGGAAGGCUCUUACCCCCAAGUCUUGGUUGGUUUGUUAUUGUCAUUUCAGAUCUCAGAGCAGAUGUCACCAACACCAAGGCCUUCGUUCAUCUACAAAUCUAAAGUAACUCCUGUCCCAAUGUUGACAUGCUGUAUCACUGUUUAGUUUUUUAUAAGAACACUAGGGAACCCUUAUUUACUUGGUAUUUUUUUGUCUGUUUACUCUGUAUCUACCAUUUGCUAGAAUGUAAGCUCUGUGAGAAUGGAAACCUUACCUUUGAUGUUCACUGUCAUCUUUCUAGUAACUAAGAUGGUGUGUGUUAUAUUCACUCAAUAAAUAUGUAUUAACUGAAUUGUUGAAUGUUUGGCUUUAUAUUGAAUACAUAUUAAAUGGAGGUUAAAAAUCUGGCUCCUACCAAAAAUAGACAAAACUAUAUGACUCAAGGUUGGCCAUUUCUUCAUUUUCUGCUUUUUGAAAGUCAGUUUGUCUCUUUUUAAACUUGUUUAUUUCUGUAAUUUUUGGAAAGUUUUCAUUUUGUUAUGUUUUUAAAAGAUGAAAUAGGUUUUCAGCUGCCAUUCACAAGCACUUCUUUAUAAAUAACAUGUUGUGGUGUGGAUAGUCUUUAUACUCAAAUGAAAACCAGAUGACUUUACUUGUAGCUAGAUAUUCUUACUGUCUUGUUUUUUUAAAUUGGCUUCUGAAAUACUGGAAGUGCUAUAAAAUAAUUGUGAUCAUGUGGAAUACACUUCAUAGAACUAAUGGGACUAAUUUUUUUUAAUGUUGACAUUUUGUAUAUUUGGUAUUUGUAAGCCUUUAAAAAUUUUUAUGCCAUUUUUUUUACUUAAAAAAGGAAAACAAUCAUUUCAACUCUGUACAACAAACAUUAGAAAUAGAUAUCAUUCGAAAAUAGUUGCAAGAAAAUUGCAGUUUUACGGUCUACAUCACCACAUCCUAUAAUAUGUAUUUCCAAGGGGAAAAAAGCUACAGUAUGUUGAACACUUGACUGUCACCCAUAGUCUGAAAACUCAAGAACAUGGACUUUUGAGGCAAAUCAACAUCAGUCACCAAAACUUGUUUAGCUUACUAUUGAGGUUUCCAGUAAUUACCUGCAGGAUUCGCCAUGACCCCAGCUCUGAGGGAGGCAGCAACAAAGGGUAUCUGCUUUUCAUCUUUACCAAGUACCAUGGAGUCUGACAAGAUGCUAUGCAUGGAAAGUCCAAGAACUGUAGAUGAAAAGCUCAAGGGAGACACUUUGUCUCAGAUGCUGGGAUUUCCAACUCCUGAACCUACUCUUAACACUAACUUUGUGAAUUUAAAACAUUUUGGCUCCUCUCAGUCUUCAAAACAUUAUCAGACAGUUCUUUUAAUGAGUUCUAAUUCUACAUUAAAUAAAUACAGUGAGAAUUACAAACAAAGGAAACUAGGGGAACCUAAUUGUAAUAAGCUGAAAAACCUACUGUGUAAUGGCAGCAAUAUUCAGCUUAGUAAAAUCUGUCAUUCUCAUUCUGAAGAGUUCACCAAAAAGGAACUUCUGUCCGAUACCACAAGCCAGUGCAUGACAGAUGUACAAAUUAUUUUGGAUUCAAAUAUAACCAAAGACACUAAUGUAGAUAAAGUACAACUGCAAAACUGCAAAUGGUACCAAAAGAGUGCACUUUUGGAUAAAGUUACUGAUGCUGAAAUUAAAAAGGGUUUAUUGCACUGUGCUCAAAAGAAAAUUGGGCCUGGCCACUCAAAUGUGCCUAUUAGUUUCUCAGCUGCUGAAAAAGAGGAGGAAGUGAACGCUCGUUUACUUCAUUGUGUAAGCAAACAGAAAAUUUUACUUAGCCAGGCUAGAAGAACUCAGAAACAUUUACAGAUGCUUCUGGCAAAGCAUGUUGUUAAGCACUAUGGUCAACAAAUGAAAUUUUCUCUGAAACAUCAACUCCCUCAAAUGAAGAUCUUUCAUGAACCUACCACAGUUUUGGAUAGCAGUUUACCUAAAUGCACUGAAAUUAAGCCAGAAGUCAACAUGUUGACUGCAGAGAAUAAAUUGUGGAGUGAUACAAAAAAUGGCUUUGCACGGUGUACAGCUGCAGAAAUCCAAAGAUUUGCACUGUCUGCUACAGGGCUGUUGUCUCAUGUUGAAGAAGGUCUGGAUUCUGAUGCAACUGAUAGCAGCUCUGAUGACGAUUUGGAUGAAUAUACCGUUAGAAAAAAUGUGGCAGUAAAAUAUUUGCCAAACGCUGGUCUGAAGGAAUCAAAUUCCAGGGAAAGUAAUUCUAGUACUGAAUGGAAGUGGCUUGUAGACAGAGCUAGAGUUGGCAGCCGAUGGACAUGGCUUCAGGCCCAGAUUUCAGAGCUCGAAUACAAAAUCCAACAACUAACGGAUGUUCACAGGCAGAUUCGUGCAUCCAAGGGGAUAGUGAUCCUAGAAGAAUGUCAACUUCCAAAAGACAUUUUGAAAAAACAAAUACAAUUUGCUGACCAAGCGGCUUCAUUAAAUACUACAGGGAAUCCCCAGAUUCCCCAAGAGAGUCAAGAUCCUUUACCAGAACAAGAUUUUGAAAUGUCACCAAGUAGCCCUACACUUCUUCUUCGCAACAUAGAAAAACAGAGUGCACAGUUGACUGAGAUCAUCAACAGUUUGAUUGCCCCUCUCAACUUGUCCCCAACUUCAUCACCCCUAUCCUCCAAAUCCUGUAGCCAUAAAUGUCUGGCUAACGGCAUUUCCAGGAGUGCUUCAGAGAAUUUAGAUGAGCUCUCUUCCUCCAGUAGCUGGUUACUUAACCAGAAGCACAAUAAGAAAAGGAGAAAAGACAGGACAAGAUUGAAAUCUCCAUCCUUGGCUAUCAUGAGUACAGCUGCUCGAACAAGGCCACUUCAGAGUUUCCACAAACGAAAACUCUACCGAUUGAGCCCUACUUUUUAUUGGACACCACAGACUUUGCCUUCAAAAGAAACAACAUUUUUAAAUACUACACAAAUGCCUUGCUUGCAAUCAGCUUCAACUUGGAGUAGCUGUGAACACAAUUCAAAAUCUCAGAUAUUAAGAGAACAUGUAUCAGAAUUGGACUCUUCUUUCCAUUCUGUCCUAUCAUUGCCAUCAGAUGUGCCUCUUCAUUUUCACUUUGAAACACUGUUUAAAAAGACUGAAAUAAAAGGAGAUCUUGCUGAAAAUAAAUUUAUAGGAGACUGUGUCAUAUCUCCAUCACCUGUACAUAAUACUUCUCUGAAUCAGUGGAGAAAUGGAUAUUCUCCUACAUGCAAGCCUCAAAUAAGGUCAGAAUCUUCUGCACAGCUGUUCCAGGGAAGAAAGAAAAGACACUUGAGUGAAACAGCAUUAGCUGUGGCUUGUUGCUGCUGCCCAACACGAGUAUCCUACUGCAUACUGCUAGCCCAGAAAAAGGCCAAAACUCAAGGAGAAAGAACUAGAUUUGAAGAAUUUGCUUUUCAACGCACAGAACCAGGAUCCCAUAGCAAUUUUACUGCUGUUACUAAUGUCAAUGUUGUAUCAAGAACCCAGAAUUCAUCAUCACAAAAUACUGCACGACGGAGACUGAGAAGUGAGAGCUCUUAUGACAUAGAUAAUAUUGUGAUUCCCAUGUCAUUAGUUGCCCCAGCUAAGUUAGAGAAACUCCAAUAUAAGGAAAUACUUACUCCAAGCUGGAGGAUGGCUGUUCUUCAGCCUUUGGAUGAAUAUCAUGUAGGUGAAGAGGAGGUAGAAGAUCUUUCUGAUGAAGUCUUCUCCCUAAGACACAAAAAAUAUGAAGAGAGAGAGCAAGCCAGAUGGUCACUAUGGGAGCAAAGCAAGUGGCACAGAAGAAACAGCAGAGCCUACAGUAAAAAUGUUGAAGGACAGGACUUGCUUUUGAAAGAAUACCCUAAUGACUUCGGUGGUGGUCAGCACUGUGCUGCUGAAAGUCCUGCUGAGCUUCCUUCAGAAAGCCAGGAUCUGAGUGCACAGAGCUCACCUUCACUAAAUGAAAGUCAAGAAACCAAGUCUUUGUGGUGGGAACGACGGGCUUUUCCGCUGAAGAAUGAAGACACAGAAGCCUUACUAUGCCAGGAUGAAAAAAAGGAUCACAGUGAAAGUUCGAGCCCAGCCUCCUGUGGUGAAAUCUUCUGUACCAGUGCACCAGAGAACGGUCACCAUCCGAAAAGGCAGGCAGACGAAAUGGAAGAGUACAAACCUUUUGGUCUAGGACUUACUCAUGUUAAAAAAAAUAGGUGACAGGGAACAGGUUAAGAAAAGUAUGUAAGUGAAUGGAAGACAGGAGAAAAAAAAUAAGCCCUGUUCUCCAUCCCCCACCCCCUUCAGUCACAAUUCCAGAGUAAGAGCAUGUACUGCAUGUAUUAAUCUUUUAUGCUGUUAUAAAACAGGCAAGGUAGGUCUCUUUUUCCUUCCUGAACCACAGGAAUAACUAGCUUUUCACCUACAGACAAGUGCUAGUCUUUUGUGUUUAUGAUGCAAAUCACAAGCACCAAAAAAUUAACUGCUGCAAUCUGAUGUUAAAUCACAUUACUGGGUAAAUGGUUUUUGAAAGAUGUUAUACCCACACAUACAUAUAUAUAUAUACAAAUAUACCUGUGCAUCAAAUGACAGCUCUUUUUCCUAUACAUUUCUAUGUAAUUUCUAUGGUAAUUCAUUAAAAUUGCCUCAGAAGUAUAUUUGAAUAUACAAGUAUGUGUGUACAAAGUAUACAUACGUAUACACACACAUCGUUUUAAAAAACACUGGCAGUGGCCACUCCACUUGAAAAUGCAUGUAUGAACUACCCCAUGAAGUUUAAGCUGCACUCUAAAACAAAGCACAGGUUCCAGUGAUAAUGGAUAUCUAAAAGUCUUGAUGAUGGGGAGGGGAUUUUUUAAAAAACAUGUUUAACCAAUAGAAGUUAUUUAUGGAAAUUUCUAUACCAGAUAACACAAUACGCCUUUAUUUAAAAUCACCAUUAUCUGUUAGACUAAACACAGGUUACUUUCCAUUCACUCCUAACAGAUUACGACAAGCUUAGUAGAGUUAAAUAUUGGUCUCUUUUAAAAUUGAACUUUAUUUUAUGUAUCUCGUGAAGAGAAGACACCAACUUAAAAUAAGCAACAGGAAAGUACUAUCAGUAUAAAAAAUGUUGUAUUUCUAAUGAAUUUGGUCAUUCCUUACUAUAGCUCACUCUAUUCAAAUAAGCAUCUAUUCUUACUUGUAUUCUAGAGUGAGAAUUAAAAUUUUUCAAAGGGUAAUGCUUGAAUACUGAAUACAGGAGUGUACAUUAAGGAAAAUUCCUUUUGAAGCUAUUAUCACGUAACUUUUUCAAUGUAAAAGUUGAGGACAACUCUCAUGUUAAAAAAAAAAAAAAAAAGGUUAUUCAAGUUAUAGUACCCAUAUAACUGACAAUCCUGGCCAUCUGGCCUAGUCUGGGGGGAUUUGACACUAAGUUUUUUGUUAGGGAUUGGAAAUUAUACUAAUCCCUUUUAAGGAAGGAAAAAAUUCAAAUUCAAUACUGACAAAUUUUUGCUUGUAGUUUUACUGUACAUUUAUUUUUAAAAAAGAAAAAAGCCGGACAAACCCAAGUUGUCUAGGCAAAUAAGCUCAAAUCUUUCUGUCAUGUCUGACAUUAUAAUCUUCUAUGUAAGUUUUUUAAUUAAAGUUAUUUCUAUA